GGACGGGGCAACAUCCUCCACUAUCUGCGGUGCUUCAAGUCUUUAUCUUACUUGUAGCUAUUUAUAUUGUUUUCACUCCAUCGAAAUUAACCGUUCGAUCGUCAGUUCGAAUGCUACAUCAUAUAUUUCUAAACCUGAAGAAUUUUAAUUCUAUACCAGUGAAUCCGCACUUCAACGUAUUCAUCUAAAAAGUUUUAUCAGAGCGCAAAACUGUGAAACAAUGGAUUCGGUGUUUCGUACGCGAUCGCUUGGAACAGCCGCGGAGGGUGUGCGGGAUCAGUACGCGGACGGAAGAGCCGCACGAGUCUGGGAAGUGUUUAUCGGCGACAAGAAACAGAGGACCCAAAAUUAUCGGGACUUUCUGGUGGGCCUUCUACGGAAUCGAGGAUGCAAACGAAUUUUGGACGUGGCCUGCGGAACGGGGGUGGAUUCAGUAAUGCUCCUCGAGGAGGGUUUCGAAGUGACCAGCGUGGACGCUUCGGACAAAAUGCUGAAAUACGCCCUAAAGUCAAGAUGGGAACGUCGCAAGGAACCGGAGUUUGACAAUUGGGUGAUUGAAGAAGCAAACUGGUUGAGUCUACCAAAGGACAUUCGUCAUUUAGUAGGAGACGGAUUCGACGCUGUGAUCUGUUUGGGCAACAGUUUCGCUCACAUGCCCGACACGUUUGGCGACCAACGGGAACAGAGACAAGCGUUGCUGAAUUUCGAACGUUGCGUGAAACCCGGUGGUUUGCUACUCAUCGAUCACAGGAACUACGAUUACAUAAUUGAAACCGGAGACGUGCCGUCUAAAUGUAUAUACUAUAACAGUCAACGCAUCACAGAUCUGACGGCAUCAGUUCUCUUCGUUUCCGGAAAGCCGGCGAUCGUCACUUUGGACUACGCGAUCACAUUGGAUAACGGGGAUGAGGACAAGGACGAGGACGAUCGCCAGUCGCAGAUCAACGAAUUCAGGUUAUCAUAUUAUCCGCACAGAUUAGAUGUGUUCACGGAAAUGUUAGACGAGGCAUUCUACCAUAAAGCCAAGCACACUAUUUACGGGGAUUUCAAAUCGCUCGAUAAUAUAAAGAACCCCGGUUUCUACAUCCACGUGAUGGAGAAACCUAUAUAAAAUAUGAAAAUUCGUUUUGUUACAAAUCACUGUUCAUUACGCACCGUCGCAACGUGUCGAUAUGCAACGACAUGACACGACACGAUCGUCUUUUUUUAUUUAUUAUGUACAAGAAGAAAGUAAAGUUACUGGAAAUGUUCUUAAGCAGGAUUGAUUUGGAUAUCUAGUCGUUUUCGGGAAUCACAUUUUGCGUUAUCGUUAAUCACGUUAUUCAUUUUGUAUAGGUUUUUAUAUUUAAUGUAAGCCAAUAAGAACUGUUUCAACUGAUAUUAACUAUUUGGUGACCAUCAGUAAUAAUUGACUCGUUCUUGUAAUUUUGUGUAUUAUAAAGCAUUAGUUGUAAGUUGACACAGAAUUAGGGGAUAAUAAAGAUAUUAUAAGCGAAAAGAA